ACCGGCAGCUGAGGCAGUCGGCAUAGUUUGUUUAACGCAUCGAAACCGACAAUGAAGUUCACCCUCUUUUUCCUGGCCCUGUGCCUACUCGGCGUCAAUGCCUUCGUGCAGCCCAUCUCCAAUGAUAUUAUGUCACCGGAGCUGUACGAUGUGACCGAAGACGGUUUGGUCGAUUUCGAGCCCUUUGGCGCCCUGGGUGUCCUUCGCAAGACUCUGCGCACUGUGAAGGGCAUCAACUGCAUCCUCAAGUGGGUGGUAGGCAUCAAGGACAGCGCCACGCAGUUCAGCAGCGACGUUGUCCUCUGCGGCACCACGGCCAGCAAGGAUGUGACCGACCUUUUGCAUGCCAACAUCGAGAUUAUCAAGACCGCCAACAAUAUCAUCAACUUCAAGUCAACUAUCUGUGCCUCGGCCGAGGACGCUGACCAGAAGAUUACACACAGCUGCACCGUGAAGACUCUCCACGAAGUGUGGGUGCUCAGGAAACAGGUGGCGCACGUCGUCGUUUUGGCCAAAAGGCUGCCACACACUGCUCCCAAUGCUGGCUCCUGCAUCGUCGAUGCGGUCAACACCCUGACCAACUACUACACAGAGUUCCCCCAGAACAUUGCCGACUGUUCCAAGCUGACCACUUAGACAGACUUAGUCAUCCAUUGUCUAUCCAUCGAGUGUACGUACUACGUCGUACACCAUUCUUGAAGCAAUACAAAUAAAAUCUGUGCUGACCACAAA